UUUUUGGGCGGAACUAGCCGUGAGAAGUCUGCGGCUUCUGAAUCGGUCAGUAAGCCGAAGUAACUUCAAGUUGCCACCAUAGCAGUAAUAUUUAGCCUUCGUCAUGUCCUCUGAGUCUGAAGACAGGACGCAAGUUGCAUCAAGUCAACCUUCGGGAUCCCGCAGACCCGUCUAUAAGAUUGAAUCAACUGGUAACUUUUGGCAAGAUGUGGGAGAAGCUUUCAAGCGCAUAUCAAUAGCUGAUGAUUUUCAACGUCUAGGCGAGAUGCCAUGUGCUCGGAACAGCCUUAUGAGUGGUAUCGCCAGUGGCGUUGGAGUAGGAGUCAUCCGUAUCAUGGGUGCUGGGUUUCUCGUCGGAUCACAUUGGGCAGUAGGGACUUUUAUGGUUGUUUCGCUGGGCACGUGGACUGUCUGCCAGAGGAAUAUUGAACUAGAGCGACGUAAGCUCCAAAGGGUGGUUGAAGAAAUGCCGAAGCGCUUUAUCAAGCAGAAAGACAAAGCGACAGACGAAAACGGAGGAAGCUGACAAGGGCAGCGUUAACCCAUCUCGAACAGAUUUUCUCGAUACAGGACCCUAGCUGAUUCUACCAAAUGACCUCUCUCCAGUU